AUGCAUCCAUCAGAUAUUAUUGAUUCGAAUCAAUCUGACGAAGGUUUGNUGUCGGAUCGAUCGAAAAAUGAAGGAAAAUCUAAUGGUACUGAAUCGCAUGUGAAUCCAUCAGCAGACAAAUUAAAAAAAUUACUUGAUCGCCUUUCAUUAGAAUUGAAUGAUUUAGAAUUAAGGACAGGUUUUAAAUCGAACGCAAACGUUCAAUCAUCACAUACAUGUAGUACAGCACUCGCCACAGCACUUAUUACGCUGACAGGUCAUGUAAAACAAUGUGUUCCAAAUUCUAAAAGAAGUCAAGAAGUGAAUCAUCUUAAAGACCAACUUUCAGUUGUUAUUAAGAAUCAAUUGGAUUUUCAAAAAAAAAUUGAAAAUCAAAUGAUAACAUUACAAACAAUGAUGCAAACUAUAUGUCAACUUAUUAAUACUGAAAUUGCAGCAAAUAAAAAAUGUCAAGAUAAAUUUUCUUUAAAAAAGAAUUUUCGAGAUCAAACAGAUUUCGAAGGAGUUGAAUCGCGUCAAAAUUGGCCAAACAAGGAGGAAAAAUCCGACACAAAUCAUACAAUGAAUGAAAUACUUAAAUUGACUCGACGAAUGAGCAAUGGUACACCCAUCGAUGCCGACUUAUAUCAGCAAUAUGCAAAUAGUUCUAUUAUGAAUCGACAUUCAGCCUAUUUUGAAGCGUCAGACGCAUCAAGAAAGCCACCACGGCCAACAUCAUCCAUGUCUGCUAGCGAAAUAAAUGUUCAUGAAAUUUCAAAACAAGCUCAGCAACAUAAAAAUAUCGACCAAGAAUCACGUUCGUCAAUGAUUAGUCCAAUCGAGAUACCACCAUCAUAUGAUAUGUUUGAAUUAGGUCUUGCAAAUCGAAACUCGUUGGUUAACCGAUCUCGAAAUGAAAUCGAUGGAUUAGGUGUAGGAUCAACUACGGUACCAUCCUCCUCAAUUAAUGAAACAUUGUUAGAAAAAAUUCUUCAUGAACGUCUUCGUUUAGUUCAACAAAUGUCUGAUUUGAGUAAACAACAUGAAAUGACCCAAGAAGAAUUAGCCAAUCUUGAGGCAAAAGCUAUACAAACAUAA